AUGCUCAUACGCGAUGAACUGCUGUGUAACUGUCAGCGGGAGUUGCCCCGUUUCCGCUUAUCUUCCAUCCUCAGAAUGAUGAACGAUGUCAUCGUCAGUUUGCGUGCGUUGCUGGACAAUAGUCAACAAGAAAGUAAAGUUUGGCAACUGGCUUUCCGGCCCCAGGAAUUGACCAGAUGUGUACCCAGUCAUUUGGUGGGUGGGCUGCGACGUCUGCUGGGGGAAGAACGUGUCACAAUGGUUAGUUGUGUGAGAACAUCCGGUGUCUGUUAA